UCUUCCCUAUGUCACACACCUAUUGACAAUGGAUCUCUCACAGACAUUACCUCAAGUGUCUCAGGCGAUGGCAUACUAUCCUGGAAGCCCGCUAGAUCCUUGCGCAGUGGAUCUGACCACGAGCUGUUCUUUUUCUACGAAAAGCUGUCUCUCAACCAAAACGUUCACUUCCCAUCAAAUACGACGAAAACCAUUUGGGACAAUGGGUCGUAUAUCGUGGACCACUUCAGCGCCCAAGGAGCUCGGACAGUGCAGGCCUUCUGGGAGCAAUAUCUGCUUACUGACGAGCUGAAAGGACUUUUGAGAGACGUUGGAAAUUAUGGAUGGGAGGAUAGCAUCGAAAUUCCUUCGAAUAUUUCAUGGACCCGCUCGCUUCCAACACGGUUCCAAGGAAUGUUCGCAUACGACUUGAAACCAUACCUGCCUCUCGUCAUGUUCAGCAACAACAACAUCAAUCUCCAAAGCACCUCCCCAGGAACUACGCGCUGCACUUUGGACCGACUGGAUCAGGGAAAGGGUUAUGUCAACGACUAUCGUGAGACUUUGGCAGCAGGAUACCAAGAGUACCUCGCCACACUUUCACAGUGGCUUCAGAGUCUGGAAGUCAAGGGACUAUCAUCCCAGCCAUCUUACAACCUACCCAUGGAUAUGGAGGCUUCGAUCCCGUUUGUUGACGCUCCCGAGUGUGAAAGUCUUCAGGGGCACGACAACAUCGAUGGGUAUCGGCAAUUCUCUGGUCCAGCAAAUCUCGCGCGGAAAAAGAUCGUCUCCAUCGAACUUGGCGCGGUUUUUGGGAAGGCAUACAGCUACACCAUUCCAGAGCUGCUCUUUGCCGCGAAUCGCGCCGUUGCAGGUGGUGUGAACCAAUUCGUUAUUCACGGGCAGUCAUACACCGGCAACUAUCCCCAAACAACGUGGCCGGGGUACACGGCAUUCAUCUUCUACGUCUCAGACCUAUAUUCGCCCAAAAGACCAGACUGGAAUCACGGCCUUCAGGCAGCCUUGAGUUACAUGUCGAGGUUGCAGCAUAUCCAGCAACAGGGUGUUCCACGUGCCGAUAUCGCAUUCUAUAACAAACAAUCUGCUACUGAUCCAAACUUUGGAACGGUGUACGCGCCGACAGAUUUGAUUGAUGAAGGUUGGUCUUACACUUACUUGUCACCGGACAACUUUGACAUGCCCAAUGCAUAUGUUGAACACGGUAUGCUUGCGCCCCAAGAUGCAGCAUAUCAAGCCAUGGUUAUCCUCGGAUCCCAGAAUUUGACGCAACUCUCAAUUACGAAGCUGGAGAGCUUCGUGAAAGUUGGGUUGCCUAUCAUCGUGGCCGGCUCAGUGCCGGGGCUGUACCCUUCAGGGAUGCAAAUCAAUACUGGCCAUACUCCUGCAAACAAUGAGUUGGUCAAGUUUCUGAAUAACACGAACGUACAUCACGUUGCAGAGGGUGAGAUAUCCCAGAAGCUGAACGAACUGAGUCUCAAGCCACGAGUCGGGGUGAGAACCAACGGCACGUGGUAUUCCACAUGGAGGGAAGACAAAGAAAGUGGCAUCGCCUACGCCUACAUAUUUGGUGACUUGGUCGCAGCAACCGGAGAAGUGGUGGUUCAAUCAAAGGGUAUUCCCUAUUUCUUCGAUCUCUGGACGGGAGCCCGCCAAGCGGUUCUCAAUUACCGGACCAACGGAUCUUCGACAAUCAUCCCACUCGAACUCGCAGGAAAUCAGACAAUGGUGAUUGCGUUCGCCGACAAAGCAAUCCGUGGCACUAUAAAUCCAGCCAUUCAUGCUACUCAAGUUUCAUCGAACAUCGUUGGCUACGGCCCCGUUGGUGAUGGCAUUGGAUUACACGUCGUUGCGUCUUCAGAUCCAGCAUUCGUCACAUCGUCGACCGGCAACAAAAUCACUCAUUUCAGCCAAGCCCCUGACUCCUUCGAGUUGGGGCCGUGGAAUCUGGUUCUUGAGCAUUGGGAAGCUCCAGAAAAUUUCAGCGAUGCAACCAUCACAGCUGUCAAGAGCAACACAACUCACCAACUCAGCAAGCUUGUCUCAUGGUCGGAUCUUCCAUAUGCAACGAACACGUCUGGGGUUGGCUACUACUCCACAAACUUCACCUGGCCGCCGGAAUCGACUACUAGCAGUGCUCACAACACGUCCCUUGGUGCCUACAUGAAGUUCCCGCCUGUGUUGAACGCAAUAACGGUCUAUGUUAAUGGCGCCAGACUGCCUCCGCUGGACUCAACCAAUCCUACUGCUGACGCCACGUCGUACCUGGUGAAAGGAAACAACCACGUUGUCGCUGUUGUGCCGGGUACGAUGUGGAACUACCUUCGCAGUAUUUUGCCCGAGAUCAGGAGCUCUGGGCGAGAGUUCUCAUCAAUGGUAACUCUCCCCAAGACCGACAAUGGACUGAUUGGUGUUGUAGCGGUCGUGCCUUUUGAGAUCGUCCCUCUGAAAGCUUAG